CUUCCUGUGGUGUUUUUUCAGCACUAUGAGCAAAAGCUUGCGCCGCAUUGGUGUGGUAGUGAGAGCGCGAAGGACCUGAUCUCAGUAACCCGCAGGGUCUUUUGAGCAUGUGAUGCCAAGGAUUGCAGAGAGAGAUCACCACUGUCCAGCCAGUGUGAGAAACUCAGCCUCUCUUCUCUCCAGCUCCCUUAUAUCACUCAAACUGCACCCCCUUUCCAGUGAUGCCAGGAACAUGCAUCAGCAGCUCUUUGAAACCAAGAGGUAAUCAUCCCUAACCUUACCCUGAUUUAGAGAGGGGCACCCAUGGUACGCCCCACCCUGUGCACCCACCACCACCCACCAGCUGCCUGCUGCUCCGAUCUUCCAGUGCUACACCAUCCCUCCCCUGACCCACUAUCCCACUCACCCGCACUGCUACCACCAUGGCCAGGGAGUCCAAACACCCCUCACUCUCCCGUUACUGCUUCCUCUUCCUACUGACUACCAAAUGCUACUGGCUGUUGGUCUCUGCCACUCAGAAGGUCUCGGACCCGCAGCUGCCUCUGCAGGAGUACGCCCACUCUAUCCGGCUGGACGGUGACAUCAUGCUGGGUGGCCUAUUCCCUGUGCACUCCCGUGGCGAGAGAGGAGUGCCCUGCGGGGAGCUGAAGAAAGAGAAGGGCAUUCAUAGGCUGGAGGCCAUGCUGUUUGCCAUUGACCUGAUCAACAAGGACCCAGAGCUGCUACCAAACGUGACCCUGGGGGCGCGCAUCCUGGACACGUGUUCCAGAGACACCUAUGCCCUGGAGCAGUCACUGACCUUUGUUCAGGCACUCAUCGAGAGGGAUGGCUCAGACGUGCGCUGCGCCAACGGGGACGCACCCAUCUUUGCCAAGCCGGAUAAGGUGGUGGGGGUCAUAGGGGCAGCGGCUAGCUCGGUGUCCAUCAUGGUGGCCAACAUCCUGCGGCUCUUCAAGGUCACCAGGCUGCUCAUUAAUGCGCACACCUGUUACCUUCGUUACGUCCACCUGCGUGUCAUCAGACUCACCUGGACUGCAUCACUUCCCUGA